CAGAGCUCGCUGAGUUGCUCUAGUUUCAGAGCCGAAGUUCAUUUGGCCUCUGAGCUUACAGAGGCCAAACAGCGUUAAACACCCCGAGGUGAAGGCAGCAGUCACUGGGCUACGUGGCAAAUGUGGCUUGGAGGAAUAGUUAGAAAGGCCCACCCUCUGGUUCUUUGCUCCUCUGUCACACUGAGUGACUGACGUGGCUGUAACACUAACAGGCAGUCAGACUAGUUCCUAUUGAAGUCAAUCAGUCGGUCCAGUUUCCCUUCACCUCAGCGGGCGUGGCAACAAGAUUAUAUGUGCUGCUGUAAUUUUGGGUCAAAGUCCUGGCUGCAGGACUUUGACCCAAAAGAUAGCACCUGCUUUCUUUACCCAAGGCUCACUUAGCCGCUCACUUAGGUUCACUUAACCCCCGCUGACCGCCACCUCCAACCGCACAGCCAUGGGCAGCAACAACCCGUGCAUCAAACAAAAGAGCAUCGUGGUGUGUGACCUGUCUGCCACCAUAGACCACUGCCCGACGGUCAUCAGGGAGAGCUUGUGUGGUCUUCAGUACAAGACGCCCUAUUUCAAAGCGUCCGCGCAGAUUGUGAUGCCUCCAAUCCCACGCAACGAGACCUGGGUGGUGGGCUGGAUCCAGGCUUGCACCCAUAAGGAAUAUUACAACACCUACGGAGACGUCGGCAUGUCCAGCUGGGAGCUGCCUCAGCUCCGUGAAGGCCUGGUCCAGGCCAUCAGCGACUCAGAUGGCAUGAGCUACCCUUGGUACGGAAACACAACAGAGACAGUCACCAUAGUCGGCCCCACAUCCAAGCCGUCCCGCUUCAUUGUCAGCAUGAACGACAGUUUUUCCUCCCAUGUUACCUGGACUUUGUGGGUCAGUGGAUCUAACACACCUUUACUGACGAACAUCAAAAGAGACCAGAGUUUCACCACCUGGCUGGUGGCGCUCAACACUACAUCCAGGGAAAAGAUCCUGCUCCACACCAUCAAGUGGAGGAUGAGGGUUGACAUCGCAGUGGACCCGUCCCUGCCUCUGGGUUCCAGGGCCAGGCUGGUGGGUCGGGCGCACCAGGACGAGCCGCGGGUGCUGACUCGAAUGGAGCCCAUCCCUCCUAACGCCAUGAGGGGGCCCAACGCCAACGAGGUCCAGGUUCUGAUGUGGAGGCCGAGGAGAGGCCCUCCGGUUGUUGUCAUACCGCCCAAGUAGAACACAACGUGCAUCUGAUUGGCCGUUUUUGGACAUCAUAUCAUAUUAGGCAAAUUCUGAGGAUAACCAGAUGAAAAGCAAAAGCAGACAAAAAUGAUAAUUAUAAUGUACCAUCUAUGUGGGUUUAUAUACAGUGUCAAUAGAUAAUAACCAAGGUGAUGAGUAAUUUGGGCUAGUAUCAGAAGAAUAAGAAUGGCUUUUGGAGCUCUGACACAUGAACGACAGAGAAACCAGACAAAACACAGUUAUGUGGCUUAGAAGUAACUUUAGUUAUUUUAAGCCUUUUUAAAAGAUUUUUUAACAACAAUGAAUUACAACGUGGUUUAACAAAGACUUCAAGUAGAGCAGGGCGAUACGACCAAAAAUAUUUAUCACGAUAUACAUUUGAAAAUUUCCGAUGACGAUAU